UUAGGAAACCGGUUAUCAACACAAUGUUGCACAAUACUUAGUUAUUUAACAGUCGUAUUAAAUGGCUGUAGUGUUCCAUACCUACAUUUCGGUGCCGAGUAGUAAUCAAUUACUGUGGAUAAAAUUCGUUGUGAAUCAUAAAAGGAACCUAUUUGUUCGCUUCCUUCACCGUAAUAAGUGGUAACUAGUCAAUGAUAUAACCGCAAAAAGGUCUUACGUGUGGUAAAGAAGUACAAAGUGACGUUAAGAUACAACCAUGACAGAGAAAGAACCGAUUAGCGGUUCCAGCAGGGACUACGGAGCCACAGCUUCGGUCCCAAGCGUAGGAUUCGCAGACUUCAGUCCCACCGAGCUGUACAACUUGAGUGAGGGGAUAGCGGACAAUGUGAACACUAUUAACAGUGGCCUCAAGGCUUUAGAGAAAAUGAUGAAACAGAUUGGUGGCCCAAAUGAUAGCGUCCAGUUGAGAGACAAGAUUCACGAUACACAGCAGACAGUAAACGGGUCAGUGUCGGCGACUGCCCGUGACAUCCAGAGACUGGGUGUUGUCGUCCGACGAGGGGAUAAACCCCAGAAGCUCCAAGUCGAGAGGCUCACGCAAGCCUUCAGAGACGCCCUAGCUAAAUACUCUUCAGUGCAAAAGCAAGUGUCAGAAAAGAUGGCAGCUCACAUGCCGCGGCCGGCGCGUGUCAAGAACGACCCAAUGCUGAUGGAACAGCAAGCCAUUGCUGAUGAUGAAGAGGCUACAUUAAUUGCAAACCAACAAGCACAGGCACGUCUAGUUCAGUUCGAGACGAGCAUGUUGCUUGAGAAGGAAGCGUACAUAAACAAGAUAGAAGCCGAUGUUCUAGAUGUUAACCUAAUUAUACAGGAUCUGGCUAAGAUGGUGAAUCAACAGGCGCAGUCUGUUGACACCGUGGAGAGUCAUAUCGAAGCCGCUACGGCGAACGUGGAAGCCGGUGUCGACGAGCUAGCGAAAGCUGCCGAGUACCAGCGCAGGUACCGCCGGAAAAUGACCAUAUUAACCAUUGUAGGAAUCAUAUUCCUCAUCCUGAUGAUCACUUGGAUCGUCAGAUCCUUUAGAUAAAUCCUAUGAUCAGUAUUACCCCAUCUGGUUUAACCCCAAGCGGGGUAACUUCGGUCAACCCCCCUUGAAUAUUGUACCAUCUCUGAAUGUUAGAAUAUGGAAUACGCCCCAGUGAAGGACGCAACGAAUUUAAAUGGAUCUUGAAUGUAAGUAAGAUCACGUACAUAUUGAUGUAUUCAUCAAAACUUAAAUAAUAUUGUAAUUUUGGUGAAUAUGACUUGAAACAAUAAUAAUACCUAAGUAUUUUUCUCUGAAGUAUGGGAUUUUACGGAGGCAUUGCUAGUUUUCUUUUUCUGACAUGGAAUUGAUUUUUAUUCUGUCAAAUAAAAAUACUAUAGCGGAGAUAAGAUAUGGGUGGCUUUUUGUUGAGGGCUCAUUCUUUUAAAAUAAUGGGGUAAAUUUUAUGAACCCCGUUACUAUAGAUCCCAAAAAACCCACAUUGAAUAUGUUCAUUUAACAUAAUUAAAAACUCUAGAAGUGAUAUAAAUGUAUAGAUAAAUACAGUAUUCUUAAAAAUCUUUAUUCGUUGUAAUAAGUGUUGGUGUUUUAGUAAUGAAUUAAUUGUAUUCAUGGCAACACUAUCCAUUUCUUGCCAUAACAAAACUUGAAACUGUAAGGAUUAUAAUGAUGUAUUUUUAAAACUUAAAACCAGAAAUAUUACCCCUCGCUUAGAAGGGGUAAGGACGCACAAACAAUAUUGAUUAUGGACUAACUUUUACCACACAAUUACGUGAAUUCCGUUUGGCAACAAAAACCUUCAUAUGCCAAAAACUUUGUCGUUAUUAUAAUUAAUUAUCUACGAGUACCUAAAAUUAACCAUGUAAUAUAACAUUUAAAUAUUCUAAAUUAGCACUAUAUUUAAUAUUGUGCUUGAGAGACACAUAAUUAUACAUCAUAAAGUUUAUUAGAAUUAAAUCUGCCAAUUUUUGUCAAGAUAUUUUAAAAUUACUAUCUCAUCACAUAAAUACAAACUUGUGUCAUUUUCACAAUUAUUUCAAGGCACUAAGAACCUUCCUUUUAUAAUUAUUUUCACCCAAAACACCCUCUUACUUUAUCUUUUUAUGAUUAAUUUUCGUUUCAUCUUUCAUCCAAACAAUAGCAGGUUUGCCGUUUCUAUACUGUCCUUCAAAUGGUUUAUCGUAUAAAGCUUUUCUUUAUCCGGCAAUUCUAAGUCUCAUGAUCUUGAUAAUUUCUCUCUAGAGCUACGUUCUUCCUGUUCCUUAAACUCCACAUCCCACACUUUUUUGUUCCGUUUCGUCUUUUAAAUAUGUCAACAAAUGUCUCUUUCCACUAUUUCUUACUAUACACUCCGACUUCAAAUCUCGUUGUUCCCUUUUUUAAUUUUAUUUUUGUCUUAAUCUAUUCGUAACUACUCGAUUCCUAUAAAACAAAAUGAAAUAUACUUUUAGUAUUGAUACUCAAUUUCAGAUUGCAAUUUAAAUAUACACUCAGGUCGUUCAACGUUAUGCGCUGACAAAUACUGGCAGCUAUCGGACGUUUCUUUUACCGGCUAUGCCUCAGGUUUUUGGCAAGCCAAUCAACACAAUAAUUGGUUAUUCACUCCAGAUAAUGAAAAACGAUACAUAGGCAAAGUGAUAGUGUUUUAACAACACUCUGUCAAUAAUAAGCCUUGCGCUGUCAAUAUGCAAAAAGGCCUACAUUUCAAAGUAUUAUUGUACGUUCAUCACACCCGCAACAAAAAACAAUACCAUAGUCUCAACACAAAAAUUACACAUUUUUUCUAUCAGUCUAUGGUACCUUGUUCUACUUUUAUAUUAGCAUUAUGAUAAAAUGCUAAAAAAACUCGAUUAUUCAUGAAUAUAUCUACGGGUUCAUUUUAAAUAUAUUUAUAACCGCUGUGUAUAAGGCCUUGUAAUUUAGAGAAUUAUAAUUGUGUUAUUUAUGUAUUAAUCGUAGUUAGGUAUUUGUAGUCGUUAUAAAUAAUCAAUUUCUGUCAAUCUCAUAUGAAUUUGCGAACAUUCCAAAGAUAUUACAGAGUAAAUUCAAAGUUUAUUGAAUCUGUCAUGGCUUUUGCACAUAGACAAUACCUUGGAAAUAGAUUUUAUAAAUGUGACACCAAUUUAAAAGUAAUCGUUUUCAUAAGACAUCAAAACAUUUUUUUACCUAUCGACUUGUUUCAUAAUAUUUGUAAAAUAAAAUGCUUCGGGUUCGGAAAUAUUAAGCUAACCGAUGCAUGAGUAAAACUUACAAAAAAAAUACGUUGAAAAAUAUAUAAUCCCCUGACUUCUAAAAAUACUGCAAUGUUAGAUUUUGUAUCUUCGUUCUUUGUAUUAAUUUGUAAGAUUGAAAUUAACAGAUCUAACCAAAUGUUAGCCUACAUUGCUUGAUUUUUAUAAGUAAGAGUCACGCCGACAAAAUUUCUGUAAAACAUUGACUUAUUAAAUCUAAAUAAACAACAAACUCUAUUGACAUUGACAUAAAGUUGAAAAUUGUUUUUAAUAUUCCGGCAGGUCUGUAUUCUGUAUCAAAAUUCAACUUUAUGUUAAUGAAAAUAGAGUCGCUUCUACAGUGUUGUGACAUUUCUACACGAUCUACGCUGACUCAUAAGGGGAGAAUCUCAUGCAUAUAAUAAUAAUUAUAAUAAGUCGGUCGAGAGGCCCCUGUAUAAAGAAAAUAAUUUAUAUAUGUAUAGUUAUGUACCAAUAUUGAUUAUCUCUAUUUUAGUAGGCAAAUGGCUGUUUUAAUCUCGUAAUGCACUGUAUAGAUUCAUUGUCAUUGUUUUAUAUCUGUUUUUAAAAGCAUUGGAUAUUUUUAUUUAUUUCAAUCAUGUUUUUUUUAUUUUAAUAUCUUUAUAAGACAAGGAUGAUGCUUUUACAUUAUUUUAACAUUAUAAAAAGCCAGUGGCGGCCUUAGGGGGUGGCGAACGGGGCAAUCGCCCGGGACCUCGCUCUUGCAGGGGCCUCGUACCCCUAACAUUUUUGAACUAUAUUUAUUAUUAUUAUGUUAUAAUUUAAAAUAAAGUUAGUUAACGAAUUCAUAACAUAAAGCUCGAUUGAUUUUUCUCGAAGUUCGAUUUCCUACGGGGAGUAGCAAGUACGCAGAUCAUUUUGUUAAGACCUUCCGCCCGGAGCCUCGCAAUGGGUAAGGCCGCCGCUGUAAAAAGACACAUACUUAUAUGUUUUGAAUAUCAUAAAUCAAUGCCAAGAUAAGACAAUAUUAUUCAUAAAGUAAAUUGAAAAGUAGGCACCAGUCCAGCGGUCAGUUUUGUUUUGUAUUCGAAUGUUGGACCGCCAAACAAAGUAUAAUACUCACCAAAUUUUGUUAAUGCGCCCUCUGUUUAUAAAUUGGGUAAUCUAAUGCUUUUAAUAGCAGAUACUUAUCAUUAACGUAUAUUUUGUUGAAUAUUGUAAAACAUAUUUAUAAUAAAUUUUUGUCAAAAA